AUGAAUAUAAUAGUUUCAAGUGAUAUUAUAUUGGGAAUAUUUUUUCUCUCUCAAUUUGGGAUUGGUUUUAUCGGAAACACAUUAUUACUCGUGUUAAAUAUCAACACUUUAUUUCGGCCCCAAAUGAAAAAGCCUAUCGAUUUGAUAUGCACCCAUUUAACUUUAGCUAAUAUCAUGACACUUGUUUCCAGUACGAUUCCGGAAAUAAUAAAUGCCUUUGGAGUCAGAAAUUUUCUGGAUGACAUUGGUUGUAAGGCAGUGUUGUACAUAUAUAGAGUCACACGGGGUGUUUCCCUCUGCACCACAUCUUUCCUGAGUAUUUCUCAGGCCAUAAUUAUCACUCCCGGAAACUCGAGGUGGGCAUGGCUCAAACCCAAAGUCUCUACGUGCAUUUUUCCUGCUUUCUUUUCUUUCUGGAUCACCAACAUGCUGAUCUACAUUCGUGUCCUCAUAACUGCAGUGGGCCCCUACAAUAUCACUGAAGUUGGACAAGUGUAUUCUCUGACAUACUGUAGUGGAAAAGAACCUGAUAAACUUCAGGAGGCUGCUUUUCUAGGGGGCAUGGUCUUACGAGAUAUUCUCUGCAUUUGUCUCAUGAUCUGGACCAGUGCAUACAUGGUAAAGUUCCUCUUCAUACACCACAAGACAGUCCAACAUGUCCGUAGGACCAGCCUCUGCCCAAGAGUCUCUCCUGAAAUCAAAGCCACCCAUACAAUCCUGGCACUGGUGAGCUGCUUUGUUUUUUUUUACUGGACCAACAGUUGCCUUACCAUUUACAUAAUUUAUAGACAUGAUGUACAAAGAUUGGAAAAUAUUACUAAUUUUCUCUCCUCUUGUUAUCCAACAAUCAGUCCUUUUGUGCUGAUCAAAAAAAAUAGACGAUCAUUUCUGAACUUUAACUUUGCAAAAAUGAAGAAGUCCUCUCCACAGCCAUGGCCCUUAGAGGUUUUAACACCCUCACAAAGCUUCUUUGGCACAAGGGCAUGUGAUUACAUUUUCCCACAUUAA